AUUAUACAAAUCAAAAUUAAUGGUAAGAGGUUUAAACAAGAAUAUUGGGUUCACAUUAGGAUCAGUCUACAAAUCUCUGAAAUUUAUGAAAUGACGUUUUUCGGAAUGAACGGGCUCGGCUUGCUCCCCAAAGAGUACAAUGUUAGAGUUCAUGGAGCAUAUUUUCCCGGUUACUACUACGGACCAAAAGAGACCAAACUAGGUGAUGUAAAAUUAGGGGACCUUAAAGCAUGGCUGAAGACUCGCAGUCUCGACCCAAUGUAUUAUAUGAGGGCACUCGCUCGGUUCACAUGGCGUUACCGGCUCAGGUGGAUUUAUCCGCGCAACACUACACUAGUUCCUUUCUUUCACCUUGGGUGUGUCUUCGCUCUUUGUCAGUAUGUCAUCAAUUAUAAAUCUCACCAGACUGAACGUCACGCCAAGUACCACUAG